AUGUUGGCCACAAGGUGGUACUGCUAUUUGCUAAGUAAGGAGUUUUUUUCAAUAUUAUUUCCAAGAAAUGCAAAGCACGUAAUUGAAUUGACUAUCGGUUCUUGUAAUGAGUUCAGUCGUUGUUUCGAAAAGUGUGCAAUUGUAUACGCAGGUGACUUCGACAUCUCAUACAUCGUAUCCUUUGCCGAAUCGGAUGACUUGUUAAGGUUUAUGGAGGUUUUGUAUAAGUGUAUUUCAAUUGAGCCAAAGAAUUUUGUUCGUGCUUCUGUUUUCGACGAAAGAACUGACUCCUGGUCGGCUGUCCAGUAUUUUCAGUUCUAUAGCUACUUGAGUCAACAACAAAACAUGAUGCAGGACUAUAUCCGCACUUCUACUUAUCAACGCGCAAUUUUGUCUAAUGCCAGCGUCGAUUUUGCGGGUAAAGUUGUACUGGAUGUAGGCGCCGGGUCUGGUAUUCUAUCAUUCUUCGCAGUACAAGCUGGAGCAAAACGGGUCUACGCUGUUGAAGCUUCCAAUAUGGCUGAACAUUGCCAAGUCCUUGUCAAGUCUAACAAACUUGCUGGUCGUAUAGUUGUUGUCAGUGGGAAAAUUGAGGAUAUUACUCUACCCGAGCCAGUUGACGUAAUAAUCUCGGAACCAAUGGGUUAUAUGCUCUAUAAUGAACGGAUGCUAGAAACUUACGUACACGCGCGCAAAUUUCUCGCGCCUCAGCAUCGUGCUAGGCGAAGAAAGAAUGUCGAUGAAAACGGUGACUCCGAUUUGGAGAUGCGGGACAUCGCAACCUGCACUGCUAACUUCAGUGGAGAUCAGGAGGUCAUUGCAGAACCCAGACCCGGUGUUAUGUUCCCUUCUGUUGGCAAGAUGUUUAUUGCACCUUUCUCUGACGAAGCUCUCUUUGCCGAACAAUACACAAAGGCAAAUUUUUGGUAUCAACAGAGCUUUCAUGGGAUGGAUCUGAGCGCACUUCGCGGGGCUGCAAUCAAAGAGUACUUUAACCAGCCUGUCGUAGACACAUUUGACAUUGGCAUCUGUCCCGUCGUUGAGCCUUGUGUGCACGAGGUGGACUUUCGCACGGUUAAGGAGUCAAGUCUCGCAAACAUUGACAUUGCACUACGUUUUCAUAUCAAUCAGUGCUCAACGGUACAUGGUUUGGCCUUUUGGUUUGACGUCGGUUUUUUGGGCUCGCAAAAAGAUGUUUGGUUAUCGACCGCGCCAACCGAGCCACUCACACAUUGGUACCAGGUUCGGUGUCUUUUGGGGACUGCGCUAUUUGUGCAAGAGGGUCAAAUCUUGACAGGUCGCGUAAAAAUGACCGCAAAUACUCGGCAGUCCUACGAUGUCGACGUUGAACUGGUUGUUCCCGACAGCGACACCAAGGCAAGUACACAUUUAAUAAGUUGCUUUAAUCAGCGUCCCAGGGCUAUAACAAAUCAUCUGGAUCUCAAAAAUCCCCACUUCCGCUACACCGGCUACCCCCCAGCUCCACCACCUGGCUCUCACUCUAAGUCUCCUACCGAAGUUUACUUUGCCAAUCAAACCUCAACUACGCCCACGGGUGCCCUUGUUGGGCCACAGACACAGCCCACUGUGAUCACGGCUGACCCUGCCACCGUGAGUCGUGGCGCAUUUAUCGCUAACCCGGGCUGCGCUGGAACCCUCCUCUUCCCUUCAGCCCCUGCAGCCGCCGAACACGGUGGUGCGCUGUUCGCCACUGCUCCCCAAUCGUCGUGUUCUGUCCCAAACAUGGUGAAUUCUACUCCAACUUCAUCCCCUGAUAUCUUCUCUAAUGGCUGCUGGUCUACUGGAGCCUACCAACGUUUUUUUAAUCUCUCCUCAGGUCAAUCGCAUUUGCUUGCGCCCACCAACACUAUGCAAGCCGGACAAUUUCAAGUCACCAUUCCUACAGGAUCUAACGCUAUCGUCUACGACCAUCGACCACCGAUUUCCUGA